AUGGGGGAAGCUCUUCUAACGACUUUAUCGAUGGAAAAUUAUCACCCAUCCACACUACUUUUGAUGGAUUCAGGUUCUCUUGCACAUGAUGAGUUGGAGAGGAAGAUGAAUCGGUACGAUGAAAUGGCCGGCAAGUAUACUGUAGAAUUCAUUGCUGGAGUUGAAUCCUUUACGUCAAUCUCAAUUGAGGAGUCUAUUGAUGAUGCAAAUGGGAUUAAAGAACUUGCACGUACGGAUGUUAAGACCGUGGGGUCGUAUAUUAUGUCUCGUCGUUACAACAAACCCAGCAGUUUUCUUGACUGGUACAAGUAA